AUGUCGGAAGAAAAGCAAGAUGUAACGUGUCUCAUGUGUCGUGCAAUUAUUAACACAUUUUUAGAUUAUCGCCGAAUCGAGAAGUACGACGAGGAGCAAUUGUUGGAAGAAGCUGUCGACCUUUGUUUAUCGAUGAAUUUGCAGCCGGAAAGUACGUGCGAAGCGAUAAUUCAGAUGCACAUCCCUCCUCUUGUGUACAUAAUUGAUCAAAAUCCGAAAUUGGAGGCAAACCAUAUUUGCAGCAUGAUUUUGCAGACAAGCAAUUGCGGCUCAACGAACAUCAAUUAUUCGGUAAAAAUUGAAGAAAAGUCAAAGGAAAGUCAGAAAAACGAAGAAAAUCAAAUUUCUGACGAAACGAGUUAUCGAGUCUUGCAUAUCACGGAUAUUCAUUUUGACCCGAGAUACAAACCAGGAUCCAAUGCUCAAUGUGACGAGCCAACAUGUUGCAGAUCAGGCGAACCAGACUCACCCGAAGAUGCUGCCGGAUUUUAUGGCGAUUAUCGAAGUUGUGAUGUUCCAUGGCAUUCGGUUGUUAAUGCAAUGAGCCAUAUCAACGAAACGCAUAAAGACCUCGAUUGGAUAUAUUUCACGGGAGAUCUCGUCGAUCAUGGAAUUUGGGAGACUUCAGUUGAAAAUAAUGUUGAAAUUAUGGAAAAAGUCUUUCAAUUGUUGCGAGAAACGUUUCCUGAAACGCCGUUAUUUCCGAUUUUGGGAAAUCAUGAAACGCAUCCUGUCAACAUUUUUGCUCCAAACCACAUUUCUGACAACGAACUUUCGACAAAUUGGCUUUUUAACUACAUUUCUGAGGCAUGGCUUCAUUGGUUGCCAAACUCAACUCUUUCAACCAUCAAAAAAGGAGGCUUUUACACAACUUUAAUUAAACCAAAACUUCGCGUCAUCGCUUUGAACAACAACGAUUGUUACAUCUACAAUUGGUGGACUCUUUAUUCAACGGAUGCCCAAUUAGAGCAAUUGCAAUGGUUCCAUGACACGUUAUUCGAAGCGGAGAAAAAUAACGAAAAAGUUCACGUUCUUGCGCAUAUUUACCCGGGCGAAGGAUCUUGCUUCGUGGUUUGGUCUCGCGAGUAUAAAAGAAUUAUCGAACGCUUUCACGAAACGAUCAGAGCGCAAUUUUACGGGCAUUCGCAUUACGAUGAGUUUAAUAUAUUCUACGAGAAUCAAAAUCCCCAAAAACCGAUAAAUGUUGGAUGGAAUGGCGGAUCUUUAACGCCUUUUAAUGACAUUAAUCCAAAUUAUUUGAUCUACAAUGUCAGCAAAAUAAGUUUUGAUGUUUUGGAUUACGAAUCGUGGUCAUAUAAUUUGACAAAAGCAAAUGAAAAUAUUGAAAAAGGCCCGGAAUGGUUUAAACUUUAUUCAUUUAAAGAUCAGUUUAAUUUAGAAAAUACAAAUUUGACUUCGUUAAAUGACUUGGUUCAUCAAUUUGCGGCCGAUCGUAAACUUUUGAGCAAAUUUUGGGAGUUGAAGAUGAAAAGAGGCGAUCCAACGUUACGUCGAGGAUGUGACGAGAAAUGUCUGAAAGCGACAAUUUGUGAUAUAGUCAAAAAUGAAAUUGGAGAUAAGAAAAUUUUGGUUUAA